GGAAGACGUUCGAGCUGCUCAACUGCGACAGGCACAGGGGGCUGCUGCUGCGCAGCGGCCGCGACCCCGGCGAGGUGCGGCCCGACAUCACGCACCAGAGUCUCUUGAUGCUCAUGGACAGCCCGCUGAAUCGGGCUGGUCUCCUGCAGGUUUACAUCCAUACCCAGAAGAAUGUUCUCAUUGAAGUCAACCCCCAGACCAGGAUCCCAAGGACUUUUGAUCGGUUCUGUGGUCUUAUGGUUCAGUUGCUGCAUAAGCUCAGUGUCCGAGCAGCCGACGGGCCUCAGAAACUGCUGAAGGUGAUUAAAAAUCCAGUCAGUGAUCAUCUGCCUGUGGGCUGCAUGAAGAUAGGCACCUCUUUUGCAGUCCCCAAAGUGUCAGACCUGCGCGAACUGGUUCCUGCAGCAGAGCCAGUUGCCAUAGUUGUGGGAGCUUUUGCCCAUGGGUCGGUCAACGUUGACUAUACAGAAAAGAUGAUCUCUAUCAGUAACUAUCCUCUCUCUGCUGCCCUGACGUGCGCCAAGAUUACUACUGCCUUUGAGGAAGCCUGGGGAGUGGUAUGAACUUCUGCCUCUAGCUCUUGCCAUGGUGGACUCCUUUAUAGUGAUUCCGGGUUCUGGAGGGGCUUUUUUAUUCAGGCAUGGACUUGGUGCAACCUUCAACUCCUGGAAGGGAAAAGGCUUCAAUUUCUUCUUUGUAGCUUUUGCAGCAAUGAGACUCUAAAGGGACUGCCCGCUGUCUUUGUUCUCCCAUUAAAGGUCACUUUUGAUAAGAA